CAGAAGCCUGUGGCAGUUGAAGUCUGCCAGGGCGUAUCCAGCCCAGGCCAUGGUGGGUGGGGAGGUGUACUCACAAACCUGAAGUUUGGGCCUGGGAAGCACCCACUGCUGCCGCUUCUCCCUCGAGGCCUCUAAAGCCCAAGGUGUGUGAGAAGAUCAUGGCAACCAGAACUCAGAAGUUCAAAGCGUUUGUGUCUGAGCCGAUGGGCGAUAAGGACGUUACAGCAGUGGACGGCAUUAACGACGAGCUUGGACUAAAAUUAGCCGCAAAGGGUUUUGACAAGGCAUACAUCCUUCUGGGCCAAUUCCUCCUGUUAAAAAAGGACCAUGCGGUUUUCCAAAGGUGGCUGAAAGGGGCGUAUGGAGCCAGUCCGAGCCAGGCUCAGCGGUGCGCCUCCUGUCUCCUGGACUGGUGCUACGCUUUCCUCUAGGGAGCUGGCCGCUCAGCCCUCAUGGUGUGUUCUGCGGCCUGCAAUAAAGUCUCUCCUGCCUUGAA